UGGGGAGAAGCCGGGGCUAAAACUCCGGACCUUACGGCCUCCUCCGCUUAUAGACGUCCACGCCUCACCGCCUGGUGGCGCGAGUUUAAACGGACUCCCAGAGGCGAGGCCCUAGCACUCUGGCAGGAGAGGAGGCCCACCUCCGAGAUGCUACAUGUCUUGUCACUUUCUCCGGUAGGCCUGCCAGCCUCACCUCACUUUCAGCCCCAUUCCCGGCCGGAUUUUUCUGCCUAGCCCGAAUGGUCGUCCAAGACACUAUAUUCUAUUCGUCCUUGAUUGCUCUUUUACUCCCUGCCGUGGAUGAUGUUGGCGCACGGUACAUGCUCAGUAAAUUGUUGCUUGAAAUAACGCAUGAAGUGGCUCUUACAAUUCACCUUUGCGCACCGCGCUCACACCUGCUCCAGGUGCGAACCAUUUGGUACCGCGUUAACUUCCAGGGAUCUAACUAAACUGAGAUCUACUUAUCUACUGCGCAGCAACUUCAAUGUGCUCUUUCAAUCUUCGAGUAUUUUGCCAGCACCUAUUGGAUGCGUCGCCUAGCGCUGGGGACUGGAAGGGACUGGAAGGGAAAACACGGCGCCCCGGGUCACUCUCCGCGGAUCUGUGAGGACACUCCCGGGCCAAGAUCUAACUGCAGCCAUGAGCAGCAAUGAAUGCUUCAAGUGUGGACGAUCUGGCCACUGGGCCCGGGAGUGCCCCACUGGUGGGGGCCGUGGUCGUGGAAUGAGAAGCCGUGGCAGAGGUUUCCAGUUUGUUUCUUCGUCUCUUCCAGACAUCUGUUACCGCUGUGGUGAGUCUGGUCAUCUUGCCAAGGAUUGUGAUCUCCAAGAGGAUGCCUGCUAUAACUGCGGUAGAGGAGGCCACAUUGCCAAGGACUGCAAGGAGCCCAAGAGAGAGCGAGAGCAGUGCUGCUACAACUGCGGCAAACCUGGCCACCUGGCCCGCGACUGUGACCAUGCGGAUGAGCAGAAGUGCUAUUCUUGUGGAGAGUUUGGGCACAUUCAGAAAGACUGCACCAAAGUGAAGUGCUAUAGGUGUGGCGAAACUGGUCAUGUAGCCAUCAACUGCAGCAAGACGAGUGAAGUCAACUGUUACCGCUGUGGCGAGUCAGGGCACCUUGCACGGGAAUGCACGAUUGAGGCCACAGCUUAAUUAUUUUCCUUUGUCGCCCCUCCUUUUCUGAUUGAUGGUUGUAUUAUUUUCUCUGAAUCCUCUUCACUGGCCAAAGGUUGGCAGAUAGAGGCUACUCCCAGGCCAGUGAGCUUUACUUGCCGUGUAAAAGGAGGAAAGGGGUGGAAAAAAAAAUCGACUUUCUGCAUUUAACUACAAAAAAAGUUUAUGUUUAGUUUGGUAGAGGUGUUAUGUAUAAUGCUUUGUUAAAGAACCCCCUUUCCACGCCACUGGUGAAUAGGGAUUGAUGAAUGGGAAGAGUUGAGUCAGACCAGUAAGCCCGUUCUGGGUUUCUCGAAUAUGUUCCCAUGUAGGAGGUAAAACCAAUUCUGGAAGUGUCUAUGAACUUCCGUAAAUAACUUUUAAUUUUAGCAUAAUGAUGGCCUUGGAUUGUCUGACCUCAGUAGCUAUUAAAUAACAUCAAGUAACAUCUGUAUCAGGCCCUACAUAGAACAUACAGUUGAGUGGGAGUAAACAAAAUAAAAAGACAAACAUGCGUGUUAAUGGCUAUGGAAGAAAACUUGGGAUAAAAGUCUAAACAGGAACAACUUCAUCACAGCAUUGAUGCUGGGUAUACAGAUGGUGUUGGCAAAGGUUUAGAACACAUUUUUUCGAAGACUAAAUCUAAAACCCAGAGUAAAAACAUCUAUACUCAGAGUUAGCAUAAUUUGGAGCUAUUCAGGAACUGCAAAGAAAUGCAUUUUCACAGAAAUCAAGAUGUUAUUUUUGUAUACUAUAUCACUUAGACAACUGUGUUUCAUUUGCUGUAAUCAGUUUUUAAAAGUCAGAUGGUAAAAGCAACUGAAGUUCUAGAAAAUAGAAAUGUAAUUUUAAACUAUCCAAUAAAGCUGGAGGAGGAAGGGGAGUUUGACUAAAGUUCUUUUUGUUUGUUUCAAAUUUUCCUUAAUGUAUAUAGUUAAAAAUGCCAUAUUAAAGAGGGGAGUGUGGAGGACUGAAA